CCUUUCAUCCGCGCGUUCAAGAUGGCGGAGUACGACUUGACGACUAGCAUCGCUCACUUCUUAGACCGGCAUUUGGUCUUCCCGCUUCUCGAGUUCCUUUCCGUCAAAGAGAUAUACAAUGAAAAGGAAUUACUUCAAGGAAAACUGGAUCUCCUUAGUGAUACCAAUAUGGUGGAUUUUGCUAUGGAUGUCUACAAAAACCUUUAUUCUGAUGAUAUUCCUCAUGCUUUGCGUGAAAAGAGAACCACAGUUGUUGCACAGCUGAAACAACUUCAGGCAGAAACUGAACCAAUUGUCAAGAUGUUUGAAGACCCAGAAACUACCCGGCAGAUGCAGUCUACCAGGGAUGGUCGGAUGCUGUUUGACUACUUAGCGGAUAAGCAUGGUUUUAGGCAGGAGUAUCUAGAUACGCUUUAUAGGUAUGCAAAAUUCCAGUAUGAAUGUGGCAACUAUUCAGGAGCAGCCGAAUACCUCUACUUUUUCAGAGUGUUGGUUCCGUCAACGGAUAGAAACGCUUUGAGUUCUCUCUGGGGAAAACUGGCAUCUGAGAUUCUGAUGCAGAACUGGGAUGCUGCCAUGGAGGACCUCACAAGACUGAAAGAGACAAUUGACAAUAACUCGGUCAGCUCUCCACUGCAGUCUCUUCAGCAGAGAACGUGGCUCAUCCACUGGUCUCUUUUUGUUUUCUUCAACCAUCCUAAAGGCAGAGACAACAUCAUCGACCUCUUUCUCUAUCAGCCCCAGUAUCUUAAUGCAAUUCAAACAAUGUGCCCACAUAUUCUUCGGUAUCUGACUACAGCAGUGAUAACGAACAAAGAUGUUCGGAAGCGUAGACAAGUGUUGAAAGACUUGGUCAAGGUUAUUCAGCAGGAAUCCUAUACCUACAAGGACCCAAUAACUGAGUUCGUGGAAUGUUUAUAUGUGAACUUUGACUUCGAUGGAGCGCAGAAGAAGCUAAGAGAAUGUGAAUCAGUUCUUGUGAAUGACUUUUUCUUAGUGGCUUGUCUAGAAGACUUCAUUGAAAAUGCCCGCCUCUUUAUAUUUGAAACCUUCUGCCGCAUCCACCAGUGCAUCAGCAUCAAUAUGUUGGCAGAUAAGCUAAACAUGACUCCAGAAGAAGCUGAGCGAUGGAUUGUGAAUUUAAUUCGGAAUGCAAGGCUGGAUGCCAAGAUAGAUUCAAAACUGGGUCACGUAGUGAUGGGAAACAAUGCUGUGUCACCUUAUCAGCAAGUGAUUGAGAAGACCAAAAGCUUGUCUUUCCGGAGUCAGAUGCUGGCUAUGAAUAUUGAGAAAAAACUGAACCAGGGCGGUAGGUCUGAGGCACCUAACUGGGCUACUCAAGACUCUGGCUUUUACUGAAACACUUCUGGCGAAGAAAGACAAAUUUCCAUUCGAUAAGGACAUACUUUAAUUAUGUACUGUUUUGAAGAGGGUGGUAAUUAUGUGAACUUUGCAGCACAUAAUUUGAAUAAAAUUG